CCCAGCGGGAGAGAGACGAGAGGAGGGGGAAGGAGAGAUGCGUGGAGGCGCUGCCCAGUGCGCCCGUGGAUGCGGAGAGAUGAACGACGGAGGCAACACCGCUCCACAGGCACUCCCGAACCCCUUCCUCUGAACUCAGGGGGAAGAUGUGAAAGGACGGAGCGGACGGACCCAGCAUCCCGGGAGGAAUAUCAGGAGCUCAUUCAGGCUUGUCGACGGCGGCACUCGGUCGAGGAUGGAAGGAUGUCCCUGAAUUGGUGACUGCUGCCGGUUGGACUGGGCCCCUUGGAUUCGCUUCAAAGAGAGAUCCUCGGAAAAUAAGGACGCUCAGCCUGAAGUACCCUGCGAUGCUAGUUGGUUGCAGGUGGGGGUAUUUGCGUCAGGAUGACAACCAUGAGCGAAAAAGAGGAUCACAUCAGAGAUGCGCAAACAUGAUCAGAGGAUGAGAGGGGACCAUAGAACCAUCGAGGAAUUCAACGAUCAGAUAGUCCUGCUUUUGAACACUACAUAUUCACCAGGAGACAUCAUUGCAUCAUUUAAAUUCCCGUAAAAAACAAACAUUUUCUAAGCUCCACUUUUGUUCUGGAGAAGCCUGUCACGCUCUGUAGGAAAGGACAAUCACUGCACAGCUGAAACCUAAGGCAACCAUCGAAACAUCCCUUUAUAUUUAAAAAAAAAAACCAGAGGGAGCUCUAGAAAGGGAGACGUGGGAAGCACCCCCCCCCCCUUCCUUGAGUUAUAAUUGAAAUCGGCGGAAAAUAGAACCUGUGGUAUUGUAUAAUGCACACAGAUUCUGCACGAUCGCCGACUCCCUUGCAUAGCGCUGCACACACCCAAUAACAAAGCAUGGAUUUCAACGGGAGCCGAGAGUACGCCUCGUCGCCGACGGGGUUCCCCUACAACUCGAGCGUGGACUACGACGACGGCGACUAUCUCCAGGAGACGGACGCCAGCAAGAUCAUCAUCCCGUCCAUCUACGCGCUCGUCUGCUGCGUGGGCCUCACCGGCAACGCCAUGGUCAUCUACGUCAUCCUCAAGUACGCCAAGAUGAAGACGGCCACCAACAUCUACAUCCUGAACCUGGCCAUCGCCGACGAGCUCUUCAUGCUCAGCGUGCCCUUCCUGGCCACGUCGGCCGCCGUGCGCCACUGGCCCUUCGGCUCCCUGAUGUGCCGGCUGGUGCUGAGCGUGGACGGCAUCAACAUGUUCACCUCCAUCUUCUGCCUGACGGUGCUGAGCGUGGACCGCUACGUGGCCGUGGUGCACCCCAUCAAGGCGGCGCGCUACCGCCGGCCCACCGUGGCCAAGGUGGUGAACGUGUGCGUGUGGGCGCUGUCCCUGCUCGUCAUCCUGCCCAUCAUCGUGUUCGCCGACACCGUGCCGGCGCCGGACGGCGGCGUGGACUGCAACUUCCUGUGGCCCGACGCGGCGUGGUCCGAGGCCUUCGUGGUGUACACCUUCCUGCUGGGCUUCCUGCUGCCCGUGGCCGCCAUCUGCCUGUGCUACUGCCUGAUGGUGGCGCGCAUGCGCGCCGUGGGCCUGAAGGCGGGCUGGCUGCAGCGGCGGCGCUCCGAGAAGAAGAUCACGCGCAUGGUGCUGCUGGUGGUGGCCGUGUUCGUGCUGUGCUGGAUGCCCUUCUACGUGGUGCAGCUGGUGAGCGUGUUCCACCGGCCCCCCGACCCCAUGGUCACGCAGCUCUUCGUCAUCCUCAGCUACCUCAACAGCGGCGCCAACCCCAUCCUGUACGGCUUCGUGUCCGACAACUUCCGGCGCUCCUUCCAGCGGAUCGUGUGCUUCCGCUGGCUGGAGUCGGGCCUGGACGCCGAGCAGGUGGACUACUGUGCCGUGGCGCUCCGGAGGCAGGCCACCUGCGGCCCCAAGGACUUCCCCAAGGACUGCGUCGCCUCGGACGUGGUGUUCCGCAACGGGACGUGCACCUCGCGCACCACCACUCUGUGAGGGCCCCCCGGCCGGGGGGCCCUCACAGAGUGGUGGUGCGGGAGGUGGGAGGCUUUGGGGGGGGAUAACACAACGUAUUGUGGACUGGAUUGGGGAUGGGCGUAGCAGUUAAAGAGUUGUUUGGAGAGGCUGGAGGAAGGACAGUAGGAUAGUGUAUGUCAGAGGUGUGUACAAAUAGAACUCCCCUCGUUUUUCUGCCCAGAACUGGACAGGGUCUGCAGACAGACCUUUGGUCUCAAUGGCGUAGAGGAAGUCAUGCGCACAAUCGAAACAAAUGGAGAGUAUUACUAUUUUCAUUAUGAUAGCGAAGUAUCUGUCAGAAUAAGAGAAAGGCGAAUUCACUCAAGUGUGUUAUUUAUGUGAGACACCCGUGAUUAAUUCAUGAUUUUAGUCGUGUAUCUGUUUCUCACAAUCUAAACUUUAACUAUUUUUGUGGGAGUUAGCCAGCGAGGAUCACACUGAAUAUACAAAAUGACAGGAAAACAUCUGAAAUACAAGGUUGGUGUACGUGUUCAGACAACAGCCUGAGGGAAACAGAACAAAGCUUGACAUGUACCUUUUAUUUCAUCGGCUAUUUGUAUUCACCGCUCCAGGGAUGACGGCUGUGUUGGUUGUAGCUCUAGUUUGUGUGUGUGUGUGUGUGUGUGUGUGUGUGUGUGUGUGUGUGUGUGUGUGUGUGUGUGUGUGUGUGUGUGUGUGUGUGUGUGUGUGCGUGUGUGUUUGUGUGCGUGCGUGCGUGCGCGUGCGUGCGUGUGUGUGGCUAUUCUAUUUGUUCUUCUGUUGUAGAUGCAUUUUUCUUAGUUCCUGGUUCACUGUUGAAAGUGGCAAGCUUGUUUAAACGAUUCGCAGUGAUGCCUUUCCUGAUUUUGCCAACAGUACUGUCGUGUUGAAUGACUUUUGGCGUUGUUAUCUAGUUCUCUGGGCCGAAAGUCGUUUUUAUUAUGUGUAUGUUGAACUCAACACAACAAACCAUGUAUAGAGCUUAUGCUGGAACACUCUGCUUAGUAGAUCAACAUAUUAUUUUUGUAUUUGAUCGUUUACUUCUUUCUAUCGUGUGAGAUGUCAACGUAGGUAAUACGCUCCUGUAAAAGAGAGAAAAAAAAAGCUAAAAUAAAUUUGUAACUUGCAUUCAUGAUUCUUCUGGAUAACUGAACGGUAAAUAUAACGGUACAAGCCAAUCUGGGGAUUAAAAUUACUAAUUAUUUCA